UAUGAUAAAUAUUCAUUUUGUAUUUAUUGCUGGAGUGGCGUAUUGGAUUUUUGGAUAUGCAUUAGCUUUUGGGGAUGAUGUUGGAGGCUUUGUAGGAUCGACUUACUGGGCACUUGGAAACAAGCCAAAAAAAUUGGCACAUUGGUUUUAUCAUUACGUUUUCGCCGCAACUGCAGCGACUAUCGUUUCUGGAGCUUUAGCUGAAAGAUGCAAUUUUAUCGCAUAUCUCGUUUAUAGUUUCAUAAUUUCAGGUUUUAUAUAUCCUAUUGGAUCACAUUGGUCAAAGUCUGCCGCUGGUUGGUUAGCCAAAGGUAUCCAAUUUGACGGUGACAAGAUCAAAUAUUUAGAUUCAGCGGGCAGCGGAGCAGUUCACGGUAUGGGUGGAAUAUUAGCCCUUACAGGAGCUAUUAUAAUGGGGCCAAGAAUUGGUCGAUUUGACGAUGUGGACGGAAAACCAAAACCAAUUAGAGGACAUUCUGUUCCUUUGGCGGCUUUGGGCGGUUUUAUCCUUUACUUUGGCUUCUUGGCUUACAACGGAGGGGCUAAAGGUACAUUAUCCAACGAAGGAGAUGGAAAUGAAAUUGCACUAUCAAUUGUAAAUACUAUAGUUUCCGGUUCUGGUGCUGCAAUGAUGGCUUUGCUCUUACAAAGAUAUUUAUCAGGAAGAAAUGGUCAAAUACCUAAAUGGAGUUUGUUAACAACUAUUAACGGUGGUUUGGCUGGAAUGGUGUCAAUUUGCGCUGGCUGCAAAAGUGUAGAACCAUGGGCUUCGUUCAUUACCGGUUGUAUCGCCGCAAUAGCUUAUAUGCUUUGGAGUAAGCUUCUUCUAAAGAUGCAAAUCGAUGAUCCAAUAGACGCAUUUGCCGUUCAUGCAGGGGGAGGAAUAUGGGGAGUUUUAGCCGCUCCAAUCUUUAAAUCAGGCGAUGGUAUAGUUUACGGAGGGAGCAGAGCUUCUUUCGUUCUAUUUGGAUGGAAUCUUGUUGGUGUAAUUGUUUACAUCGCUUGGUCUGGUUUCAGUGGUUUUGUCUUAUUUUUUACUCUACAUAAAUUGGAUUUGUUAAGAGUUCCUACAAGAUUGGAACAUUCUGGUUUAGAUAUACCAAAACAUGACGAACCAGCUUAUCCUGGAGAUAAAUUAACUUAUAUUGAAGAUUUAAGAGCGGCGACUAGAGGACGAAGGGGAACAAUGUUUCAUCUGGGAAUGUUGUCGAGAAUGGGCAAAUUAAAUAAAUCUUUCGAGACUGAUGAAGACGAGAAGAACUCUCAAACUUCAGCUCCUUGUUCUCCCAAUGUUAAGUCAAGAAGAGUGAGUAGAGUAAAAUUUGGAAGUGUAGAAUCGCCAAUACGAAGAAAGGAACAAGACGAUUCGGACGACGAUAAAGAGGCUGUAAACGGAAAUAUUAUUCACGAAGAAGUACGAAUCGACUCACUAGACGAAGUAAAAGAAGAGAACGAUGAAUUCGAUGAAAUGACAGAUGAACCUAAUGGGAAUGAAUUGAAUCAUAAUAUUAAAGUUGUAACAAUAAGCGAAACAGGUAUGAAAGAUACAAAUUCAUCAGAAUUAUAA